CAUCUCUCGAUCCAACAUCCGCCUCGUCGACAUCCAUUUCAUUCACGCCCCCAUUAUGGCCAGCGGAUUUCGCGCCCCACAAAUCGACCUUUCCACUGUUCUGCAAGCUGACCAUCCUGCAAUCGAUCUCAGACUGGAAUCUUAUGAAAACGAGACGCGCAAUUUUCUCAAGAACCUCGCCAGAUUCAAGGACCUGGUCAUAACGCGGGAGACAGAGGAUAGGGCAGCAUUUGUAGCCGAAACGAAGAGGCUGGCUGAGAAGAGGAAAGAGAUAGAGGCAGAGACGAACCAGUGCAAGGUCCGCGAAAUCGAGCUGCUUGCAGAUCUUGCCAGGGAAGCGCAAGAGCGGAAAGAUGCAGAAAGCUCUGUUGCCACGUUCAGACGCCAGCUCGCGUCCCUCAAGGAGAAAUGUGCUGCCAUUGACGGCGAACUUGAAGAGUAUCAUGCUAUCACGGCGAACCUUGAGCGAGAGCGAGAGAAGGAAAGGUCCACGCUACAAACUCAUGCCUCGAGUGUGCUGCCUGACUACCAGGCAGUCGAACGGAUAUUGGGCUUGACGAUAGAGGGCAUCGACAAGGAGCAGCAGCUUCUUGUACGAUUUAGGCGUAUUGACCAUAAUGAUCUAGAGAAGGAAUUCAGUUUCGUGUUGGACGUCUCUGGUCCUGGAUAUAAAGUUCUUACUUCAUCACCACCGUUGCCUCAGCUUCCUUUCCUUGUGGAGGAUCUUAACCUUACCAAGAACAUCUAUGCCUUUAUACAUGCUGUGCGACAAGCUUAUGUCAAACUAGCAAGAGGUUGAGGCGCGCGCGCGGGUGGCAAGUUCCUUAAUACUUUAUUUUUAUUAAAUCCAUAGCACUUAUCUAUGUGUACUGUCCUACAAUCCAUCAUUCCAUUCGUUCUGCA